AUGAAACUCACACUUGCAGCUCUUACGCUCCUCACACUCACAGCUGCUCCUCCUCCUCCUGAGCCGGAUGUUCUUAAACCUGUUCCUGAGAGGGCAAUUCAAACCCAGCCCAUCUUCCUAGUCGCCAAUCUCAACCUCCAGCCUCAAUCCAACAUCAAUGUCAACCCGCUAGCAGUAUCAGCACAAUCCCCAAGCCAAACAACUGCUGUCUUCCUCGGCCUUGCGCCUGUAGAGAUGGCAAUUGCUACCAAUUCAAGGAUGACGCUUGGAAAGCAACCAUGA